AUGAGUGCCAAUCUUACUCUCGCCAGGCGGGCAGGGCUUCAGCAUCCACAAAAGAAAUGCCGAGUCUGCUUCGAAGACUCUUUUGAGGAUGAUCCGGAGAAUUGGUUCAUUUACGAAUGCUCUUUCUGCCAGCUGGGCGUCUUUUGCGCAAAAUGCCUCAAGCAAUGGUUUAUUGAGGCUUGCAAAAACGAGUCCAACAUGCCUCCAUCUUGCUGCAGGAUCGUUCCCAUUUAUGCAGUAUCUGCUGUGCUACAAACUUCUGAAAUCGAGCUCUACAAGGCCAAAUUUGAGGAAUGGAACACAACUGAUAGGCUGUAUUGUCCUGUACCGACCUGUUCAACCUUUAUUGCACCCAGACUAUUCUGGUCCGAAUUGAAAGAGAUACCUGAGGAAGACAAGUCCCCUUCUACAAGAGCUCCAGAAGAAGGCGCGGAGUACGACAAUAAUGGAACCCGAGUGUGGCUGCCAGGUGAUCCGAUUCAUCACUACCAAUUCGAAGUGGCCGGCGUGUGGGACGCGUUGCCGUAUCAAACUAGACUCACGCUGCCAAAAGUGAUGCAGCCCGAGGUCAAUUGUCCUACGUGUGGCAUUUUGAUAUGUACAACGUGCCAUUAUCUCAAGCAUCCUGGAGACUGUUCGACAACCGACCUCGACCCAGAGCUAGAAGCUCAACUAAACACAGGAGAAGUAAAGAGGUGCCCUAAGUGUAGGAUCGCUGUUCAAAAAAUUGACGGCUGCCUGCAUAUGAGAUGCAAGUGCAGCGCAGAGUUUUGUUGGAACUGCCUGCGGCCUUACAAUGUUUGCAAUCGGGAAUGUGAAGCGCGAGCCUUUGAAGCUCGGAUUGCUAAUGGCAACCUCGACAUCUUCGAGAUUUUCGGCGACGACGAGGGAGAGGACGAGAUCAACGAUAACGGCUACGAAGUUGAUUCUGCACGUAGUACAGAAGGCUCCCAGCAGCAUGAUGGCCAUGAGACUGGCGACCAGCCACUCGAGGAACAUAGACAUAUACAACACGACUUGAGGCGUAUGUUGUCCACUGACGGCGACUUCGACGAAACACGGAGAUGUCUUGUUUGUGUUAAGCGAAUGAAGCCUGCAGAACCCCUCCAAUACGAGCCGACUGUGCAUGGAGAGGGUGAUAAUCUGCCUGCAUCUGAGUUACCGCUAUUAUGGCCGACGGAUACGAAUGGGGAACCAGUCUGGCAGUGUGGAGGCGGACACUUUCAAUGUUACAGCUGCCCAAGAUUGCCUCCGUCUGACAGAGUUGGUGACGAGACCCGCAUAUACAAAUGCGAUUGUAACAUUGCAUGCGGGAACUGCAUGGAUGACAUGAAGCCGGGAGACAUCGACGUAGCUUUCAAGUGUGCAUGCGGAUUUAUCGUUUGCGGAGAGUGCAAGGACGCCGAGUUGGAGUGACCGCCGCUGAUGUUGAAACUGGCUAUUAGCUCUGGAUCGAUGUACGAUCUGGACCUUGAUGCUACUCGGUGGUUAUUUGAGAUUUGUUUAAGACGGGAGAGCGUCAAUGACGGCGUUAUGGGAACACAAGGGGAGGCAUUGCUCGGUUUUGAUUGCUCGUCUUAUUUUUGCG